AAAAAACCCUGGUGUGAUUCCGUCCUGCGUGGCUGUUCUCUGUAGCAGCGUUCGUUUAUCUCUGUCCGCCUUCUCUCCUACCUAAGUGCGUGCCGCCACUCGAUGGAAGAUUCGAUGGACGUGAACAUGAGCCCCCUGAGGCCCCAGAACUAUCUUUUUGGUUGUGAACUAAAGGCCAACAAAGAUUAUCACUUUAAGAUGGAUAAUGAUGAAAAUGAGCACCACUUAUCUUUAAGAACGGUCAGUUUAGGGGCUGAUGCAAAGGAUGAAUUGCACAUUGUUGAAGCAGAGGCAAUGAGUUAUGAAGGCAGUCCAAUUAAAGUAACACUGGCAACUUUGAAAAUGUCUGUACAGCCAACGGUUUCCCUUGGGGGCUUUGAAAUAACACCACCAGUGGUCUUAAGGUUGAAGCAUGGUUCAGGGCCAGUGCAUAUUAGUGGACAGCACUUAGUAGCUGUGGAGGAAGAUGCAGAGUCAGAAGAUGAAGAGGAGGAGGAUGUGAAACUCUUAAGUAUAUCUGGAAAGCGGUCUGCUCCUGGAGGUGGUAGCAAGGUUGCACAGAAAAAAGUAAAACUUGCUGCUGCUGCUGCUGCUGCUGCUGAUGAUGAUGAUGAGGAAGCUGAACAAAAAGCGCCAGUGAAAAAAGGACAAGAAUCCUUCAAAAAACAGGAAAAAACUCCUAAAACACCAAAAGGACCUAGUUCUGUAGAAGACAUUAAAGCAAAAAUGCAAGCAAGUAUAGAAAAAGGUGGUUCUCUUCCCAAAGUGGAAGCCAAGUUCAUCAAUUAUGUGAAGAAUUGCUUCCAGAUGACUGACCAAGAGGCUAUUCAAGAUCUCUGACAGUGGAGGAAGUCUCUUUAAGAAAAUAGUUUAAACAAUUUGUUAAAAAUUUCCGUCUUAUUUCAUUUCUGUAACAGUUGAUAUCUGGCUGUCCUUUUUGUAAUGCAGAGUGAGAACUUUCCCUACCGUGUUUGAUAAAUGUUGUCCAGGUUCUAUUGCCAAGAAUGUGUUGUCCAAAAUGCCUGUUUAGUUUUUAAAGAUGGAACUCCACCCUUUGCUUGGUUUUAAGUAUGUAUGGAAUGUUAUGAUAGGACAUAGUA